AGAUUCACGUUCGCAUUCUCACGCCCAAAACUGAAAGCAAAAUAGCAACCAGAAAACCAAACCCAACAACAGCACCACGGCAACAACAACCGUGGAGAGAGAGAAAAAACAAAGGGAGAGCGAAAACGACGUCAUAUCGGACCCUUUUCUCUAUUCUUCAAGCAAGCUGCUAAGAUCUCUCUCUUUAAUCUCCAUCGUUUCCGAAUCUCCAAAUUGGCUUAUUGUUAAAAAUAAACUUUUGUUCGAGGGGUUGUAUUUAUGAGCAUGGCCUAGCCCGACACAUCACUCAAUUCGACGCAUUGUUUAACUCUUUCUUCGUCGGGAGGAGGUUAUUUUUGAUCCAAAAGUAGAAAUGGUGGUUUCUGGGCCAAUUACGCCUGGACAGGUGUCUUUUCUCUUAGGAGUUAUCCCGGUUUUCAUUGCAUGGAUAUAUUCAGAGUUCCUAGAAUACAAGAAAUCUGCAUCUCAUUCUAAAGUUCAUUCAGACAAUAAUCUGGUUGAAUUAGGAGAGGAGACAAUUAAAGAAGAUGACCGGGCUGUUUUGCUGGAAGGAGGUCUCACAAGAUCAGCAUCUGCUAAAUUCCAUAGCGCAUCCAUCAAAACAAACUUGAUGAGGUUUUUGACCAUGGAAGACUCUUUCCUGCUGGAAAAUCGAGCAACUUUGAGAGCAAUGGCUGAGAUUGGGGCUAUUCUGGUGUACUUCUAUAUAUGUGACCGCACAAAUUUACUAGGAGAAUCUACCAAGAAAUACAACCGUGACCUUUUCCUCUUCCUCUACGCUCUUCUCAUCAUAGUUUCAGCAAUGACUUCUUUGAAGAAACAUAGUGACAAAUCAGCAUUUUCUGGAAAAACCAUGCAAUACCUCAGUAGGCAUCAAACUGAAGAAUGGAAAGGGUGGAUGCAGGUCCUAUUUCUAAUGUACCAUUACUUUGCUGCAACUGAGAUAUAUAAUGCAAUACGUGUCUUCAUUGCUGCAUAUGUUUGGAUGACUGGAUUUGGCAACUUCUCAUAUUAUUACAUUAGAAAGGACUUUAGCGUAGCACGCUUCACCCAGGUGAUAUUCUCUCUCUGGGUUUUAAUCCCAUAUAAGCAUACCAGCUAUGUAGUUCUUGAUAUUUUUGUACAUAUCAAUCAAUUUUAUAACUUCUAUAUGAUGCAGAUGAUGUGGCGACUAAACUUCUUUGUGGCAUUUUGCUGUAUUGUUCUCAACAAUGACUAUAUGCUUUACUACAUCUGCCCGAUGCACACGCUAUUCACCCUAAUGGUGUAUGGAGCUCUUGGGAUUUUCAGCAAGUAUAAUGAGAUACCAUCAGUGAUGGCUGUGAAAAUUCUUGCAUGCUUUCUCGUAGUUAUCUUGAUUUGGGAAAUUCCUGGAGUUUUUGAAAUAUUCUGGAGUCCAUUAUCUUUCCUAUUAGGGUACACUGAUCCUGCAAAACCAGAUCUCACUCGACUGCAUGAGUGGCAUUUUAGAUCUGGUCUUGAUCGCUAUAUAUGGAUCAUUGGAAUGAUAUAUGCCUAUUAUCAUCCCAAUGUUGAGAAAUGGAUGGAAAAAUUGGAGGAAUGUGAAACCAAGAGAAAAUUCUCGAUCAAAGCAAGCGUUAUUGCAGUUUCCUUAUUUGUUGGCUAUAUGUGGUAUGAAUGUAUUUACAAGCUGGACAAGGUUUCUUACAACAAAUAUCAUCCCUACACAUCUUGGAUUCCGAUAUCUGUCUACAUUUGCUUGCGGAAUUGUACUCAGCAGCUUCGGAAUUACACUUUGACUCUCUUUGCGUGGCUUGGCAAGAUAACCCUGGAGACUUACAUUUCUCAAUUUCAUAUCUGGUUGAGAUCAGACAUACCUAACGGACAACCCAAGUGGCUUCUUUCUCUUGUCCCAGAAUAUCCGCUGCUCAACUUCAUGCUCACAACUGCUAUUUAUAUCUUGAUAUCUCAUCGCCUGUUUGAAUUAACAAAUACACUUAAAUCAGUUUUCAUACCCACAAAAGAAAACCGACGGCUGCUAUACAAUUUUGUGGCUGGAAUAGCCAUUUCACUGAUUUUGUACUGCACCUCACUCAUUCUUCUUCAGAUUCCUCACUCGCGAGCCUGAGAAAGCAAGAGUCAGAGGGUUAGACAGAGCUUUUACAUUGGACAUACGAAAAAGAAUAUAUAGUUGGAGCAAAAUAAGAACAAUUCGUAAGAUGUCUGCGGAUGUAGCUUUCGAAUCAAGUGUUUCCAACAAUUUUGAGUAAAAAUGCCCUCCAUUUUUGUCCUUGAGCUGACACUUCAAUAUCCUGGCUUUGCCGUGGGAGUUGGGAGUAUGAUGAGGGGGGGCAGGCAACCGGCAGGAAGGAAAUCUUUUUUUUUUUUUUUUUUUUUUCACAUUUUGUUGUGAUAUUGGAAACUGCAAUAUAUUAUUUCCUUUUGUCAUUUUUUGGUCAUUCACUGAAGAAAAAUGUAGAUUCCUGUGACAUAGAUGUGUUUCCGGCACCAAACAAAUUCGAGAUCCAAUACUAAUGCAAUUCCUCUUAUUGUGAACU